ACUUGACUUAACUCAGCAGCACUUUUUUUUUUCUUUGUGUAUUUAUUACUUUAGCAGUCUUCUUUAAAUACCAGAGGCACUGGAUUUCAUAAUCAUGACUGGAAAAAGCUUGGAAGUUUAGUAGAGGAGUAUAUGUUGUACAUGCAAAGACAAGAUCUGCAUGAAUCUAUGUAUUUCUGGGUGUCUGGUGAAGGCCAUUUUAGGUGACUGGCCAAGAGAAGGAGUGCCCUAGUGAUCCUUGAGUCACAGCCAUACUGCUAGGACCAUGACUACCAUACCAAGAAAAGGCAGCAGCCACCUGCUUGGCAGUUUGCACACCUGUAAACUGAAGCUGCAUGAGGACCGGCGACAGCAAGAAAAAUCUGUCAUUGCUCAACCAAUAUUUGUUUUUGAAAAGGGAGAACAUACUUUUAAGAGACCUGCAGAAGACACCCUGUAUGAAGCAGCAGAACCAGAAUGUAAUGGUUUUUCAAGAAAGCGUGUACGGUCUUCAUCUUUUACUUUUCAUAUUACAGAUUCUCAGUCCCAGGGAGUGUCAACCUUGUCUCAGAAGCAAAUGAGAUUUUCAUCUAUCACUAACCUCCCAAACUUCCCCCAUUCUGGAUCAGUGAGGAAAAACAAUGUUUUUAUGAUAUCAACUCUUGUGCAAAGUAAUGUUGAUAUAAAGAGUGCUGAACAAGGUCCUGUGAAACAUUCUAAACAUGUUAUUAGACCUGCUAUUUUGCAGCUACCUCAAGCUCAAAGUUGUGCAAAAGUAAGAAAAACAUUUGGACACAAGGCACUGGAAUCCUGCAAGAUUAAAGAAAAAACAAAUAAUAAGAUUUCUGAGGGAAAUUCCUAUUUGUCAAGUGAAAAUUUAUCAAGUGCCAGAGUUUCAGUCCAGCUGUCUACUAACCAGCACUUUUUAGGUGCAACAUCAGUAGGAUGUCAACCAAAUGAAGAUAAACGUUCUUUUAAAAACUGCAGUUCCAAUUUUGUUUUUGGAGAAAACAUGGUAGAAAGAGUUUUGGGUACUCAAAAACUCACCCAGCCUCAACUUGAAAAUGAUUCAUACGCCAAGGAAAAACCAUUCAAAUCCACUCCGAAAUUUCCUGUCAACUUUUUAAGUUCAAGAACAGACUCUAUUAAAAAUACUUCCCCAACUGAAUCAGCUGCUGCAUUCUCUUCCCAACCAUCACGAAAAUGCUUGCUGGAGAAAAUUGAUGUUAUAACAGGGGAGGAAUCAGAACAUAAUGUGUUAAAGAUCAACUGCAAGCUUUUCAUACUCAACAAAACAACACAAUCCUGGAUUGAAAGGGGCAGAGGAACGUUGAGACUGAAUGACACAGCAAGCAGUGACUGUGGAACAUUACAGUCAAGACUAAUUAUGCGCAAUCAAGGCAGUUUAAGGCUGAUCCUCAAUAGCAAACUCUGGGCCCAAAUGAAGAUUCAAAGAGCAAACCACAAAAAUGUACGAAUAACAGCUACUGAUUUAGAAGACUAUAGCAUCAAAGUAUUUUUAAUUCAGGCCAGUGCCAAAGAUACAGCAUAUUUGUAUGCAGCAAUACAUCAUCGUCUUGUUGCACUUCAAAGCUUCAGUAAGCAGAAAGAUGUCAAUCAAGCUGAAAGCCUGUCAGAAACAGUCCAACAAUCGAACUGCGAAAGCUGUGAUGAGAAUGAGGAUGAUUUCAUUCAAGUCACUAAAAAUGGAUCAGAUCCUUCUAGGUGGACUCACAGACAGUCGGUUGCCUGUUCAUGAAUCCUACCUGCUAUAAACAUGACAUCUACAAAAAGAGGGUUCACCCUACUGAAAAUACUAAACCACCCUAACUAAUGAGAAGAUUCUAUUCAUUCCUUGAAGAGUUUUUAUAGAAAAGUUUAAGAAAUGUAAUUUGUUACAAUUAACAUUUUUAUGUUUUACAUUUUACAUUUUGAUUAUUGUGCAGAAACUGACAGAAUUUAAAAAAAUAAAUGGACUUCAGAAGUUCAAAAUUUAUCAUUUUUGAAGAAGUUUAUUUAGAAUAGGAUUUUAUAACUAAUUUGGACUCUUCAUCAUAUUGAUGGAUAUAAUACUCAAAAUUAUAAAUUGCUAGAUUUGAUAAAUACCUACCAAAAUGUUUAUUUUUUUCAGUCAUACACUGACCAUAAAACAAAUAUUUUACUACAUUUCCAGAGUCAUUUCUUUGAAAAACAGUAUAAUUGCAUCAUAACAUUUCACUAAAUCCUAUUUAUCUUCUGGGAAAUGUAUAUUUUAAUUUUAGCUUUUGGAUUUCCUAAAUAUGAUAAGUUUAUAUAUUCAUGGUAUGAAUUCCUUUAAAAAGAGCAUCUGCUCUUGGACUUGUAUCUGUUGCAUCUUGUCAAUGCUUGACUUAUGGUCAGCAUCCAAUAGUUGUUAAACAAAUAAAUAAAAUAUAAUACAUUA